CUUUUUUUUCUUCUUUAAAUCUCACCUCACUCCCUUCUUCCACCUCUUCCCCCUUUUUUUCUUCUCUCUCCUCCCCCCAUAAACCCACUCAAACCCCUCACUCUUUCUCUCUCCUCUAGUUUGCUCACUGUUUAUAUGCUAAUUUGAUCAACCUGUGGCCUUACCUUAGGCCUUUUUCCUCCCUCAUAACAAUGGCUUACAUGUGCGCUGAUAGUGGAAAUCUUAUGGCAAUUGCUCAACAAGUUAUUAAACAACAGCAGCAACAGCAACAACAAGAACAACAACAACAAAAUCACCACCACCAAGCCCCGUUUCUUGGGCCUAAUAGUCCUUUCUUUCUCAGCCCAUGGCCCACUUCUGUACCACCCAUGUCCACUAGUCCUCCUCCUCCUUUGGGCUUUCAUGACCCGUUUCAAGUGGGUGGCCCAACUUCUGAAUCUGCUGAGCCUUGGCAGUUAGACCACCACCACUCUACUGCUUUUCGAUUUGCUGAUUUUAGCGGUGUGUCUACUGCUGAGUUUGACUCUGACGAGUGGAUGGAGAGUUUGAUGACUGCUGGUACUGGUAAUGGUAAUAAUGGUACUAAUACUGGUGUUGCACCUGAUUCCACCCCUUCUAACCUCCAUUCCUCUUGUGACGCGUGGCAAGGCACUGAUUUUAGUCUUUACAGUUCUGAUCCUUUUGUUACUAGGAUCAAUGUUUCACCCUCGGAUCUCACUCGAGUCAUUUACUCUGAUGCAGAUAAGACCGUUACAACCCAUUCAUGGGUCCCACCUUCUCCACUUAAAGACCCGGUCCCACCUCAACAUAACAACCCAAACGACGCCGUUUCCGUCUCCGUCUCCGUCGCUGUCGCCUCUUGUUCUUCCCCUAGAGAGCAAGAACAAGAGCAUUCAUGGCCACCGCUAAUCACGGCUUUACUAGAGUGUGCUCGACUCGCUGAGUCAGACCCGGAACGAGCUGUUAAAUCAGUGGUUCGACUCAGAGACUCGGUCUCUCAACACGGAGAUCCCACUCAAAGACUUGCCUUUUAUUUCACAGAAGCUCUCUCUUGUCGUCUCUCUCCUCCUCUCUCAUCAACCAUUGAAACGACGGCGUCUGAGGAGUGUACUCUCUCGUAUAAAGCAUUAAACGAUGCGUGUCCUUUCUCUAAAUUUGCACACUUAACAGCAAAUCAAGCCAUUCUAGAAGCCACUGAAGGUGCUGAAAAGAUCCAUAUUGUUGAUUUUGGAAUAGUUCAAGGAGUCCAAUGGGCCGCUCUUCUUCAAGCCCUAGCUACCCGGCCCACUGGAAAGCCCAUUAAGAUUCGGAUCUCUGGGAUUCCUGCCCCAGCACUCGGGGAAUCCCCAACGACUGCCCUCUUCGCCACGGGUAACCGCCUUCGAGACUUCGCGAAGGUUCUAGAACUCAACUUCGAGUUCGAACCGAUACUCACUCCAGUUCACGAGUUGACUCAGUCGAGUUUCCGUGUCGACUCGGAAGAAGUACUCGCGGUUAAUUUCAUGCUCCAAUUGUAUAAUCUCUUAGAUGAAACAAACGUUGAAGUUGAAGCUGCUUUAAAGCUCGCCAAAUCACUCAACCCGAAAAUUGUUACACUGGGUGAAUACGAAGUGGGUUUGAACCGGGUGGGUUAUUUGACCCGGUUUAAAACAGCGGUGAAUUACUACUCUGCGGUUUUUGAUUCGCUUGACCCGAAUUUAGACCGGGAGUCAAUGGACCGGGUUCAAGUGGAGAGGUUGAUCUUUGGGCGGAGAAUUAUGGGCUGUGUUGGGCCGGAAUUACCGGGAACCAGAAGGGAAAGGAUGCAAUGCAAAGAAGAAUGGAAAGGUAUGAUGGAAAAUGCCGGUUUUGAGCCGGUAACCCUUAGCAAUUAUGCAAAUAGUCAAGCUAAGAUAUUGUUAUGGAAUUAUAAUUAUAGCUCUUCUUAUAAGUUGGUGGAUUCUCCACCUGGGUUUCUUUCUCUUUCUUGGAAUGGUGUCCCUCUUCUCACUGUUUCUUCUUGGCAUUAAUUAGUUUUUUUUUUUUAAAUUAUAAAUUAGGCUUUUCUUAUAGUAGAAAUGAAGCUCUUUUAUUUCAAUUUUAUUAGUAUUUUGGUUUUAUAUAGCACUGUAAUUGGGAUGGGGGUUAUUUUAUUUGGUUUGGUAGUUUUUUUUUUGCUUCUUUUUUAGCUUGGAAAUUUGUCCAAUUAUAUACAAAAGUGUAAAAAGAAUAUGGAAGAAUGAAGUGGGUUUCAAAUGCAAAUGUUUCUUUCCCUUGUUAUUA